AUGGGGGUCAACCCUGGCUCUUCCAACCCCGGGGUCAUCACGUACGAGAGCUGCUCUCCCAGCUACUCGCCCUCCUACAUGAGGUAUUCCUACGACGCUAGAGUGGAGAAUCGAACCCCGCACGCCCAGGAGGUCAACGUAAACGUGAGCAUAAAACACCUAGAGCCUCCACCACAUCAUCACAUAUCGGGACAUCAGCAGCCGCAACCGCCUCAACAACAGCAGCCACAGCAGCAGCAUAGUCAUCAGCAGCCUCCAAUCGCUCACCAUUCUCACACGCCGCAGCACCAGCAGCACCAUCAUCCCCAGCCACCGCUGCAACAUCCGCAGCAGCAACCGCAACAGCAACAGCAGCAGCAGCAGCAGCAAAACCCAGACGUUGCUGCUACCCCUGGUGCUGCUGGACUGCCUGGAGAUGUGUGCACACCGCCCCACAUGGCUUCUUACUACUACCCCCAACAAGGCAUGCCCGACCCCAGCGUUUCCCCCAACAGUUACAACGCAGGGAUGCCUAAUCCGGCCUGUAUGUCUGGGAUGGGAUCUCCAAACAUGCCCGUCUACCCAUGGAUGAGACAGACGAACGGAGAAGUCCACUUCGAGCAAAAGCGCACACGCCAGACGUACACCCGGUACCAGACCCUGGAGCUGGAGAAAGAAUUCCAUUUCAACCGCUACCUCACCCGGCGUCGUCGUAUAGAGAUCGCACACAUGCUGGGCCUCACCGAGAGACAGAUCAAGAUCUGGUUCCAGAACCGACGCAUGAAGUGGAAGAAGGAGAACAAUCUGCAGAAACUGACCGGCCCCGAUAAGCCGAUCAAAGAGGAGUGCGUGAGUCCAAGAGACUGCUCCGCGAAAGUGAAAAACGAGGAGUGUUCUUCGCCGGACUGCUAGUGGUAGCGAAUCAAACUUUUGUAUAUUCUUAUUCGGAGACUGCUCCACCCACGAAAGUGAAAAAAAAAAAAACUACGAGUGUUUUUUCACAAGAGUGCUAGUGGUAGCGAAUUAGACUUUUGUAUAUUCGGAGACUGCUUGACGAAAGUGGAAAACGAGGAGUGCUCUUCUACGGACUGCUAUAAGUGGCAAAUCAAACGUUUGUAAUAUUAUAUCAGAAGAACUAAACCCCCUUUGCGGUACUGUACCUUUUGUGUCAAAUUGCUUCUCCUCCACCUCCCGUGUGUUAAUUCUCUUAUAGACUAGUGACCUUCUCGGCCCUUGGCGAGCCGUUUCCAUAAACUGUUGGGACAGUGAGUGCCCGUUCUGAUAAUGUUAUUAUAAUGAUCUGUUGGAAUAAACCGGCAAAUCUUAUUUAUAAGCACGAAGCAAACAACCUGUGCGCUUGGGCUUCUGCAAUUGGUCGCUUUUAAGGACAAGCGGACUAACCCGGAUUUCGGGGGUU